UGUACACAAACCGCUUAAAAUCGACUAUUCGUUAAAAAAGAGCGAUGAAGCGCACAAAUAAAGAAAAACCGCCCCCAACGGACCGCACUACGCGAAGUAAACGAGUUGUCGACCAGUCUGAAGUCAGCAAUGUUGAAGAUUCAGGGGGUGCUCCGGGAGCCCCAUCAAACACAUCGAAAGUCACACGAAAAGGCAGAAACGCAAAGCGGGAACAUGUUACUGUUGAAAGUGAGCCCGAAACUCCGGUUGUUAAAAGUGUGAAAAAGAAAAAUCCGCCGAAGGACUGGGAACAAGUUUUGGCUAAUUUGAGAGAAAUGCGAAAAGAUUCGGACGCCCCUGUGGACUCCAUGGGGUGCGAUAAGUGUCAGGAUGAAACAGCCAGUCCAGAAGUUAUUAGAUACCAAGCUCUGUUGUCUUUGAUGUUGAGUAGCCAGACUAAAGAUCAAGUGACGCAUGCCGCUAUGCUAAAAUUGCAACAACACGGUUGUACAGUUGAUAAUAUUUUGGAAACUUCGGAUCAACAACUCGGGGAAUUAAUCUAUCCUGUUAGCUUCUGGAGGAACAAAGUCAAAUUCAUUAAGAAAACUACAGAAAUGUUGAAGAACGAGUGGAGUGGAGACAUUCCAAACACGGUUGAAGAUUUAUGUAAACUUCCUGGUGUGGGCCCCAAAAUGGCUCAUCUUUGUAUGAAGACGGCGUGGGGCGUAGUCACUGGGAUCGGUGUCGACACCCACGUCCACCGCAUCGCGAACCGCCUCGGCUGGGUGAAAUCCAAAUCUCCUGAGGACACAAGAAAAGAACUAGAAGAUUGGCUGCCAAAGGAGCACUGGAGUGAGGUUAACCAUUUGUUGGUGGGUUUCGGCCAGCAGAUUUGCCAACCUGUCAAACCUCAAUGUGCUGCUUGCUUGAAUAACACCCUUUGCCCUUUUGGGGUGACCACCAUGAAAAAAUCCAACGCUAACCAUUAAAUAUUUGGAAAAUCUACUCUACUAACACACAAUUAAUAAAUACUUUAUUUGAGAAA